AUGGCCGAGGCGAAGCGUCCGAAAGUGACGCUUAUCGCAAAGUCCGAUUCCGGUCGCAGCGAGCCAAAAGCUGGAGAUGGUCGUCUGCGACCGGCGCCCGCGUCGCGGCAGGAUCCGAAAGCCCCGACAGUGGCUGUUGAUGUCGAGAUAGAAAAGGUUGUGACGACUGUUGAUCGACUACGCCCUGCGCCGGCCGUCAACGGGGUGACCAAGUCCGCAACUGCCGUCACCCGUACGGUCCCUACUCCACAGAAAACAAAGGUGGGUGUUAAGCGCACAGCAGCGGCAGCCGGGCUCGCUGAGAGGAAGGGCGCCAGCAACGCUUUGAAGGUUGGCGUGCCACCCCGCCUCGAACUUCCUAAACCGCCUGCUGUUCCUGUCUCCGCUGCCGCUGGCAAUUCUGCCGCCACGCGAUCCAGCGACUCGAAUGGCGUCACGAUCACUGCCGCACCUGCAAGAGCUCCUGUCAGACAGAAGCCGGCUGAGCCAGCUCUUCUCUCCUUCAAUGUGGGUGGCCAAAUCUUCCACGUCUCCACAAAGGCGGUGAAAGCCAAGCCAGAGACCCUGCUUGCCAGAGUGCUGGCCAAGGUUGGGGAUGGAGGUUUAGACCGCGUCCUGCAUUUGCCGGUGGAUGUUUGCCCCGACCGCUUUCGGAUACUGCUGGAUUGGUUUCGCUACGAAGAGCUCUUCGUCCCAAGCACGGUUCCCAUAGAGGCGGUCCUGCGAGAUGCGGCACGUCUGGAGCUCCCCGCAGAGAUUGUCGUGAACGGCACUGCUCGGAGCACACGGACGACCAGGGCCAAGACCGUUGGCCAAAACGUUGUCCUUGGUGUAGUCCAGAGGUGGCCGGGCUUCAACAGCUUCCUCUCCCAAUUGCUCGCUCAGAUUGAGAAGCAUUUUCAGGCAGUCGGGUCUCGGUCUGUUGCACAUGCAGAUGCCCAAGACGACGAAGCUGCGGCUGCAGAUGAAGCCUUCGACUUUCCACGCUUUGUGCUCCCGCUGUUUCGGGAUGAGGGAUGGGUCGCACCGACGCACAUAUGCAGUUCAGCCAGAGCCCGUGUGCUCGCACUGAAGCUGGAGGAGCUGGGCUACCUGUGCGAGUUCUCCGAUGCGGACCUGCUGGUGAGCUUGCCCUUAAAGCUUCGCUGUGAGCUGGUCGUUACCCCAGGUGGGCACGAGCCUCCACCUCCAGGGCCGCCAGUGGCGGAGGGUGAGCUGAAAGAGUGA